AUGUCUCAAGAUAUUAAUGAAGAGAUGGACGCUUUGGUGCUGCAAGAUGCUGCGCAGCCAACGAUGCAGCAGCUGAUGCAACAAAUCAGCAGCAGCAGCACCAGCAGCGGCACCAGCAGCGGCAGCACCAGCAGCGGCAGCGGCAGCACCAGCAGCGGCAGCGGCAGCACCAGCAGCGGCAGCGGCAGCACCAGCAGCGGCAGCGGCAGCACCAGCAGCGGCAGCGGCAGCACCAGCAGCGGCAGCGGCAGCACCAGCAGCGGCAGCGGCAGCACCAGCAGCGGCAGCGGCAGCACCAGCAGCGGCAGCACCAGCACCAGCACCAACACCAGCACCAGCAGCCGCCGCCGCCGUCGCCGCCGCCGCAGUCGUCGCAACCGCAGCCGCAGGGAGAGGAGCAACAGCAGGAAAAAAAUGAAAAUAAAGAAAAUAAAAGAGGAGGCGGGAAGGCCCGUGCCCGCUGGUAUGCUCAGCGCGGCAGGGCUGGCGAUCGAGGAGGCGACCGAGGGCGAAGAGGCGGCUGGGCCCGAGGAGGCGGCUGGGCCCGAGGAGGCGGCUGGGCUCGAGGAGGCGGUUGGGCCCGAAGAGGCGAUGGAGGCCGACGAGGCGGCUGGGGCCGAGAAACAGUGA